AUGUUCGCCGCACUUCCCCCCAUGCAGCAGUUCAAUUUCUCGCAAUGCGCUACCGCGCCCGCACGUCCGUCUCUACUCUCACCUCGCAGUUCGCCGGCGCGCCCGAUGGCCUCGCUAUCCUCCUCACCCUUCCACUUCUCCCCAGCAUCAGAAAGUCAACCCAACACACCCGUCACGUCAAGAACAGAGUCCAGGAAUAUAUUCUCCGGGUCUCCGAUCUCCCCUUCGCCUUCGAAGGGUGCAGACACGUCCUCCCGCUCCAAGACUUCGCCUACAUAUGCUCAGCGCUAUGCGAGUACGAUAUCUAACCCGUUGAAUAACGCGUCCAAGAAUGGCACCGCUUCCUCUUCGCCGUCGGCGCGCGAAGCGAGACGCAAUGUUUUCUUGAAUCGGAUCAGGCAAGGGCGUGACGAUGCACGUUUUGCUAAUAGGGGCGAGCAGCUGGUGUUGAUGGAGCAUGUGGCGGAGCAGAAGAAGUGGGGCGAGUCGAUGCGUAGGAGGACGGAUGGGAUUCUGCAGGGAUACUUGAGGGAUUUAGAAGAGGGCGUUGAUGAUAUGCUUGACGAGGCGGAUAUCCAGGCUCUGGAUGAGUAUCUGUCGCAGGAGCAGGCAAUGGAGAUGGAGUUGCUUGAGAAUGUGGAUGUGCAGACGCCCUCUGGACAAGAUAAUGACAGGGCAUGGAAAGAUCCUGGCUCAUCGUUUAGUGAUGACGAGUACGAGGACAUAUUCAUGGAUUUAGCCGAUCAGACAGUACCGAGUCAAGAUAUGGAUAUGUCGGGGUGA